AUGUUCCACACCUUCGAGGGCUUUGAGAAUCCCGGGGCCCCCGCCCGCCGGCCUAGCAACGAGCGCCGCGAGUCCGUCGGCCGCCGCGUCACCACCCUGCGCGCCUGCACGUCGUGUCGCCAUCGCAAGAUCAAGUGCGAUGGCGAGAAACCGUGCGAGGCCUGCCGCUGGUACAAGAAAUCUGAUCAAUGUCACUACUCCGAUCCGCGUCCCUCACGCAGACAUGUCGAGAAACUGUCCACCACGCUCGACGAAUACCGCAGCGUGCUAGGCAGAUUGUUCCCCAACCUCGCGCCAGAGUCACUGGUGAAUCUGUCGCGGGAGAGACUGCUCGAGCUCACAUCGGGUGCACCCGCCUCAGUCCCGGGGAUUAACCCGCCACACCCGGCCUCGCCUGCCACCUCGCCGUCGGUGGAAGCGCAUGUCUCCCCACUGUCAAACGAGGAUGAUAACCUCGAGUCCUUGCAGAGCAUGCCCGAGGAGCUGCCCGAGGAGCUGCCCGACAGCCGCCAUGCCAGUUCCGCGGAUUUGCUGGUCGAGGGGGUGUCGGACGACGUGAAUGCCCUGUCUCUCUCGGCCAGACAGCCCUCCUCUUAUCUGGGGGUUUCGUCCAUCCAGGCCGUCCUGAAAGUCAUUGUCUGGCUCGACCCCGGCGCCCCUGCGUACUUUGCGCGCACACCAGCCAACGGGCAGGAAUAUGCAGCCCCCGAGCCACCCGGAUGGCAGCAUCAGCCGGUGACGCCGCCGCAGGCGCGCAUCCCGCCCACGGAGAUACAGAUGCUCGAUGCCUAUUUCCUCUAUUUCCAGGCAUUCGCGCCGUUGAUUGACGAACAGUCAUUCCGUGAGACGUACCUGACCGGUCGACGGAGGGACGACUACUGGCUUGCGCUGCUGAACAUUGUACUCGCCCUGGGCAGUAUCGCUGCAACCGGCCACGAUGACCGCACCCACCGGACCUAUUUCCUUCGCUGCAAAAGCCACUUGAACCUAAGCUCUCUGGGCGAUUCGCACUUGGAGACCAUCCAAGCACUGGGUCUCAUGGGCGGUUGGUACUGUCAUUACAUCAGUCAGCCACAUCUGGCGUGGUCCCUGAUGGGAGCCGCCUUGCGCAUGGCGUCCUCUCUGGGAAUGCAUAAAGAGUUCACCGAUACUCGCCAGCAGCCUAGCCCAGCCAGAAUCGCUUCCAUGGACCUCAAGCGCCGGAUCUGGUGGUCUUUAUUCUGCAUGGACACCUGGGGAGGCAUGACCCUGGGCCGUCCCAGCAUGGGUCGCUUUGGUCCUAAUAUCACUGUCCGGCCCCCUCACUGUCGAGACAAGGAAAAUGUCCUCGAUAUCCUCCCGCUGGUCGAGAACAUUCGAUUCGCCAAGAUCGCAACGCAAGUCCAGGACUCACUGGCCGCUGCGCCGCUGGUCAAACCCCAAGAAAUGUCCCAUGCCGAUACCCAGCUCCUCGACUGGUGGGAGAACCUCCCCUCCGUGCUGAAAGACCACGAGCCAAUCUCCGAGUCAAUCAACACCGUCCGCACUGUCAUGCGAUGGCGCUACUACAACCAGCGCAUGCUCCUCUACCGACCAACGUUGCUCAGCUAUGCCAUGCGGCGUGUACCCUACAUCGCACUCCGUGCAGAAGAGCGCACCGCCAUCCAAAAAUGCCGUGAGGUGGCCGAGCUGUCUAUCCAGAACAUCGCUGCCACGGCCCAGCUCAACCAAUUGUGCGGCUGGAAUGCCGUCUGGUGGACUUUUCAGGCCUCCCUGGUACCAUUGAUUGGCCUCUUCCUCAAUGAUCCCACAGCCGAUGACCCGCGUGCCUCCAUCGCGUCCUGCCAGGCGCAGGUCGAGACCGCCAUGAUGACGCUGGCGCGCAUGCAGUCCUACGGUCACACGGCGAAGCGGUCGCUGGACUCUCUUUCGCGCAUCUACGAGGCUAGCAAACGGGGCGAAGAUCUCCACGGCCCGGACUCGGUUGCGACAUCUCUCCCUGCGGGGAAUUAUCACGCUGGCCGGGAUGCGUCUGUGAUGUUUCCGAUGCAGGACGCCGCUCGUGGCGGGUUCUCUCUUGGAGAGAAUGGGUUUAUCGAGCCACUGGCUACCCCGUUCGGUGACGACAAUGGCGGCCAGUACUUGUGGGAGUACCUCAGUUGGAGUGACAACAGUCUCUGGCCGGGAAUUACUGAAAUGGAAGUCCGCGGGGACGGGAUGCCUUUGUUCACGCCAGACCACGAGAAAGGCCCCAAAUAUGGCGCACCCCAGCCGUAUUUUGGACAAAUAGCGCGCCAUGUCCGCUGUGACCAGCAGAAACCCGCGUGCGGACAGUGCACUACCACGGGCCGCAAAUGCGAUGGAUAUACCAUCAACCUCUCGCAGCGACAACUGCGCCAGAAUGUCAUCGAUGCGUACCAGCGUAGCACCUGCACUGCUGAUGGCCGGAUGAUUCUCCCGCAGGGUGACCCCAUUGAGCGAGAGCAUAUUUUAUUUUUCUGCUCGCACACCUCGCGUGCGAUCGUCGGCUAUUUCACGGCAAAUUUCUGGGAUUAUCUGCUUCCGCAACUGACUCACUCUGAACCAGUGGUCCGGCAUGCUGUCGCCGCUGUUGGCGCUGCGCACCAGAAAUACCGCGGUAUUAAUCGCGUAGGCCACACGGAAGCCUUUGUAUUGAAUCAAUACAACAAGUCGAUCCGACUCUUGGUGGAGCACUUAUCAGUCCCGGGGAAUACUAAAUUGGAUAUCACCCUGAUUACCUGCGGUCUCUUCGUGUUUCUGGAAAUGCUCAGAGGGAAUGUCGAACAAUCAUUCCGCCACAUAGAGGCAGGGCUGAAUAUCUUCGCCCGGUCAGGCCCACCACAAAUGGCGCGGUCUAUGGGUGACUCGCAGACUAUAUACAAGGAGUUGCGCGAUAUGUUCUUCCGCUUAAAUAUCUACACGGGCCUGAUGGCGCAGAAAGCAAAAGGGCUCUCGCCGUUUACGGAUCCGCGCACUCUGCAGAUAUCUGCCGAUUUCACGGAUAUCUCGGAUGCUCGUCACUGCCUGACUGCUGUGAUGAGCUACUGCGUCACGCUCACGCCCUCGCCGGAUUCCAUCGCGCAGGCUGGUUCGGACGAAUGGCAACAGAAGAACGCCACGCAGUCAACAAUGCUCGAGCAGACAUACCAGGCAUGGCUUGAUUACUUCGAGAGCUUCUUACAGACCCCGAGAGGCCAGAUGACGGACCGACGCUUCGUUAUCUCGCUUCGCAUCGACUAUAUUCUCGCCGUCUUAUGGACAUUUGGCAACCCUCCGUGGAAAGAGACCGACCACGAUCGAUGGAAUGCCCACUACAUGAAUUUAGUGUCCUUGGCUGAGGAAUUAAUGCUACUAGACGCCGACUCAGAGCCAAGUUUCCGACUGGAUAAUUGUGCGCUCCCCGCUCUGCAAAUGGUUUCCGCUUCGUGCCGCCUGCCCUUAGUCCGACGGAAAGCUCUUCAACUAUUAUCGGCCAAGCAGAAGGAAUGUCUAUAUAAUUGGCGCCGGGAAGCUCUUAUUGGUGAGGCGAUCAUGAACCUGGAAGAGGCCCGCCUGUCACAUCUGCCAGUGGAGCAGAGGAUACCCGGACAGGAGGACCGGGUGACGGUGUACAAGAUUGUCGACUCUGCAGAGACGAAACAGAUUCGUUUGUUUGUAACGAAUAAGAGGCUAGGAGAUUCAGUCAUAGAUGUGAAUUGGUCAUAG